AUGGACGUGUCAUUGACUUCCAUCGCCGGCAAGCUGGUUCUUGCUUCUCUCGCAGUUCUUAUACUUGUGCUUGCUCGCUACGCUGCUGCCGGUCGUCGACCUCGAGGGUUUCCGCCAGGACCACCAACACUGCCAGUAAUCGGCAACAUUCACCAAUUUCCCCUCAAAAAGCCUUUCAUCAAAUUUCAUGAAUGGGGCAAGCAAUACGGUGCUGUGGUCGGUCUCAAACUGGGUCCUCAAAACGUCGUCGUGUUGAACACCUACAAGAGUGUGAAAGAUCUCUUUGACAAACGCGGAGCCAUCUACUCGAGCCGCCCUGACAGCUACGUUGGGAAUAAACUUCUUUGCCCCGGUGACACGCAUAUCCUCCUGGCCCCCUACGGCCAGGGCUGGAGGGCCCUUCGGAGGGCGGUUCAAGCCAUGUUGAAUGCGACUGCUGUCGAUGGACUUUUGCCCGUACAAGAUGCAGAAGCGUCACAGACGUUAUUUGAACUGAUGACGACGCCGGAAAGGGCGUUCACGCAUAUUCGCCGUUAUUCGAUCGCCUUAAUUCUGGCGUCGGUGUUUGGCCAGAGAGGCGCGAGCUUUGAAGCACCAAAAGUCCAAGCCCUGUAUCAUGCGCAGGAGCGAUUCACCGGAAUGCUGGCCCCGGAAGCCUCGCCACCUGUGGAUAUCUUUCCAUUCCUGAGGUAUAUACCCGGCUUUUUGGCACCUCACAAACGCUGGGCCGCAGAGGUCCGACGGGAGCAACGGACACUGUAUGCCAGCUUGCUCAACGAGACCAUGGCAAGAGCCCGGAAACAAGACAGGGUUCCAUGCUUCAUGGACAAGCUCCUCGAAGUGAAAGAGAAAAGCGGGCUUGACGCUCAACAGAUUGUGUACACUGGGGGAUUCUGGUGUGCAGGUUCUGAUACUACGUCUGCGACUCUCCACUCGUUUGUCCUUGCCAUGAUCAAAUACCCCGAAGUCUUGCGAAGAGCACAGAAAGAAUUGGACCAUGUGUGCGGAUCCUCAAGGUCACCUAGUUCCAAGGACAUCAAAAAUCUCCCUUACUUGCAAGCAGUCAUGACCGAGACGUUGCGAUGGAGACCAGUCACACCCAAUGGCGUGCCUCACAUGCUGAUCCAAGACGACACGUAUGACGGCUACUUCCUUCCCAAAGGCACCAUGGUGUUCGCCAGCACAUGGUCCAUUCACCAAGACAUGUCGGAGUACGACCGACCCGAGGAGUUCAUCCCGGAGCGGUUCCUCCACGACAAAUUCGGCAGCAAGGACAGAAGGAGCAAAGCUUCGCCCGACGACGACGACGACCAGAGUCACAGGAGAGUGACGUAUGCCUUUGGGGCUGGGAGGCGAAUGUGUCACGGGCAGCGCCUUGCCGAGAAUUCUCUGAUGAUCAACAUGUCUAAGAUGGCCUGGGCCUUCGACAUCAGUGCCGACCCGGCCACCGCGCCGCCGGAUCUGAAUGUCGAGACGGGGUACUCGGACGGCUUCGUGAUGGGGCCUCAUCCGUUCUCCGCCUCGUUUGCGAUCCGGUCGCGCGAGCACGGAGAAACCGUCCGGAGGGAGUAUGAGGAGGCGAAGCUGGUUUUCCAGAGGUAUGAAGAUUAG